AUGUACCUCAGUGCUCGCCUCUACGGGGAUAAGGCACAGUCACGCCUGGAGGAUGCGGUCGAUCUGGUUGACAAGGGUCAAUACCGCCUGAUUGGUGACCGCUUUACGCUGCAGUACUUUGCCCGGCUUAAGUGCCUCAGCGUGUCCGGAGAGUACAGCACAGAGCAGUAUGCCAUCGUACUGCAGAAGAAUUCCGUCUACCAGGAGUACUUCCAGUCCAUCAUCUACGACCUCAUAAACAACGGUGAAAUGAAAAAAAUGACGGACAGGUAA